AGGCCGGCCGGCGCUCGGAGUCUGCAGCCCCGCCCGCUUCUUGUCAAGAUGUCGACUGUCCAUGAAAUCCUAAGCAAGCUCACCCUGGAGGGGGACCACUCCCUGCCCCCCAGCGCCUAUGCCACCGUCAAGGCUUAUGGGAACUUCGAUGCUGAUCGCGAUGCUCUCACCCUGGAAACUGCCAUCAAGACCAAAGGUGUGGAUGAAGUGACCAUUGUCAACCUUUUGACAAACCGCAGCAAUGAACAGCGGCAGGAUAUCGCUUUCGCCUACCAGCGGAGAACAAAGAAGGAACUGUCUGCUGCUUUGAAAUCUGCCCUCUCCGGCCACCUGGAAGUGGUCAUCCUGGGCCUCUUGAAGACGCCGGGACAGUAUGACGCCUCUGAGCUGAAGGCAGCCAUGAAGGGCCUGGGAACCGACGAAGACACACUCAUUGAGAUCAUCUGCUCACGGACAAACCAGGAACUGGCUGUCAUCAACAAAGUCUACAAGGAAAUGUAUAAAACUGAACUGGAAAAAGACAUCAUCUCUGACACCUCCGGGGAUUUCCGCAAACUGAUGGUUGCACUGGCCAAGGGCAGGAGAAACGAAGACUGUUCUGUGGUGGACUUUGAGCUCAUUGACCAAGAUGCUCGGGACCUCUACGAUGCCGGAGUGAAGCGGAAGGGCACCGAUGUUCCCAAGUGGAUCAACAUUAUGACCGAGAGGAGCAUCCCCCAUCUCCAGAAAGUGUUUGAAAGGUACAAGAGCUACAGUCCUUACGAUAUGUUGGAGAGCAUCAAGAAGGAGGUCAAGGGUGACCUUGAGAAUGCCUUCUAUAAUCUGGUCCAGUGCAUUCAAAACAAGCAGCUCUACUUUGCAGAUCGGCUGUAUGAGUCCAUGAAGGGCAAAGGCACCCGUGACAAGGUCUUAAUCCGAACCAUGGUUUCUCGCGCUGAAGUUGACAUGUUGAAAAUUAAGAGUGAAUUCAAGAGGAAAUACUCAAAGUCCCUCUAUUACUUUAUCCAGCAAGACACAAAGGGGGAUUACCAGCGGGCGCUCCUGAAUCUCUGCGGCGGAGAAGACUGAAGCCGGAGGGAGGGAGAAAUCCCCACCAACCACUCCAAGCUGGAAAUGUGCUCCCCCUGCCCCCCACCUCUGCUGCUUUUCCUUCUCUCCCCUGUUGCAGAAGUAGGAGCCCCCGGCUCACUCCGCUUCCGCCUGCUCUGUGUGCAACAACCGCCUCCUGGCUGCCCGUGUCUCUCGCCUUCUUCCCGCCGAGCUCCUGCCAGUAGCUAGUCCCAUGAGAGCCACAAGGCUGAAGCAGUUAACAUUCCUAAGAGAGGGAAGCGGGUGUGAUAAUGGGAUCCACCACGUGGUCCCAUCCCUGGUGGGGUCUGGUCAAAAGGACAAAUAAAGGAAAAAAAAAACCACGAGAUUUUUACUUUAAAGGAA